CAGACGAUUUUCCUUAUGGAUAAUGAUCCGUUGCUUCCCUACGCAAGUGGCCGGAAACCACCGCCACCUCCACCUCUUUUCCCUCUACCGGAAAACGAUGAAGUUUCUCUCCCAAUCCCUCUAACCCCAUCGGAGUUAAAAGAACGACUGAUCUUCGGCCCAUCUCCUUCUUCCUCCCAAUCUCCAUUCGAUUCAUCUCCUUCAUCUUCUUCUCAAGAUCCUCUUUUGCAACAAAACCAACUGAACUCACCCUCAACAGCUUCAUGGUUAAUAGACCCAGAUUUCACACGGGAAAAAUCCAAUCUUCACAGGUCCAAAACGGCACCCGCCAUGGCGGUUUUGAACGAUAUCGUCCGCUCAUCAAUUCCCAAGCCUCAAUCGGGUUCCCAAUCCAUUGUAAGACAAGCUUUCCUUCUUUUGGUCUUGUAUUUGGCUUUGGGUGUCGUUAUCUUUUGGUUUAACCGUCAUAAUUUUCUGGGUAAUGAAACUCACCCGGUUGUCGAUGCAUUGUACUUUUGUGUUGUCACUAUGUGCACAAUUGGAUAUGGUGAUAUAAUCCCUAAUAGUGUGGCUACCAAGUUGUUUUCCAUACUGUUUGUGUUGGUUGGAUUUGGUUUUAUUGAUAUUUUGCUCAGUGCAAUGGUUUGUUAUGUGCUUGAUUUGCAAGAGAGUUAUCUGUUGAGAACCGUUGAACAUGAAGGUCAAAAGAAAGAUUCUGCAAGAUCUUAUAUAAUUGAUGUGAAAAAGGGGAGGAUGAGGAUAAGAAUGAAGGUUGGAUUGGCAUUAGGAGUUGUGGUUCUUUGUAUUGGAAUUGGUGUUGGUGUUAUGCAUUUUGUUGAGAGUCUUGUCUGGUUGGAUGCCUUUUACCUUUCUGUUAUGUCGGUCACUACGGUCGGAUAUGGUGAUCGGGCGUUUAAGACGAUGUCUGGUAGGAUUUUCGCUGCUAUUUGGUUGCUCGUUUCUACUCUGGCUGUUGCUCGAGCGUUUCUGUAUUUGGCCGAGGCUAGAGUGGAUAAGAGGCAUAGGAGCAUGGCGAAGUGGGUGCUCGGACAGGACAUGACUGUCUCGGAGUUUCUUGCGGCUGAUAUUGACAACAACGGUUUUGUGAGCAAAUCCGAGUUUGUGAUAUACAAGCUGAAGGAGAUGGGAAAGGUCUCAGAAAAAGACAUUAUGCAGAUCAGCGAGACGUUCGAUAGGCUGGAUGCCGGCAACUGUGGGAGGAUAACACUUGCCGAUCUUAUGGAGCAUAAUCAUUAAUCUGCGAGAAGCCUUGCUAAUAAAUGUCGUUACGAUACACGAUGAUGGUCGCAUAGAUGGUCACAGAUGACAUCGAAUCAACAACAGCAGAAAGGGCUGGUUCGUUAGCAUUCGAGGCAAGGGACGGCGAAGUUCGUUCGGAUCUUUAUGCAUGCUAAGUUGGUCCUCUUCCUCAUCCACAAUGCACCAUCCCUUUUUAUUGAUCAGAAAAAGUCCGAUGCUUGGUUUUUGGUACCAUAUACGAUCAGGGUAUGUGUCUGAUAUCAAUAUGUUAAAAUGUAGGCGGUGGGAGAAAAAUUGAUAUCCCUUCGUGAGAUUAACCUUCGUAUAUGAAAAUAUUAUUUCCGGACCA